UCCCCCCAACUCCAAACCCCUCGACCACGAAAACCCUAAACCCUCUCCACAGCCGCCGCCGCCGCCGCCGCCGCCAGCCAUGGCCCUCUUCGCCGCCGCCCGCCGGGCGGCCUCCUCCUCGCUCCCCCUCCUCCGCGCCUCCGCCUCCGCCUCCCGCGGCGCGGCCCUUCUCCGCCCCCUGGCCGCCGCCGCGGCCCGGCCGAUGCCCUUCUCCUCGGCGACCGCGCUCAAGCCGAGCUCCGACGACGAGCUCCUCCGCAUCGUCAAGGCCGAGAUCAAGUUCGCCGAGGACUGCGACGACCACGACCGGGUUGAGGAGAUCCCAGAUAGCUUCCCCUUCAAAAUCACCGACAACAAGGGGCUUAAUGACAUCACUCUUACAAGAACUUACCAGGGUGAGAAGAUCGAGGUUCUGGUUUCCAUGCCCAACCUAGUCACUGGAGACGAGCCGGAGCAUGACCAGGACGAGGAUGACAAGGAGAAAGACGAUGAUCAGGAUGACGGCGAGAAGCCCCCGAAAUCCAGCCUUCCCCUCACAGUCACCAUCACCAAGAGCGACGGCCCAAGCCUCGAGUUCACCUGCACUGCCUAUCCUGAUGAGAUCCUCAUCGAUACCUUGUCCGUAAAGCAGCCCUCUGAGAAAUUGGAAGAGGACUACAUUGCAUACGAGGGUCCUGACUUCAAUGACCUGGACGAGAACCUGCAGAGGGCAUUCCACAAGUACCUGGAGCUGCGCGGGAUCACGCCCAUGACGACAAACUUCCUGCACGAGUACAUGAUCAACAAGGACAGCCGGGAGUACCUGUUUUGGCUCAACAAGCUCAAGGAUUUCGUCAAGCAGUAAUCUAGAGAUUGCAAGUUAUGAUCCCUAGCAUAAAGAUGAGCCAAUGUGCUUUGCACAUCCUGUUCUGAGACCUUCGGGCUUCGGAACUCAAAACUGCUCCGUGUUUAGUAUAUGAAAACCUUGGGUAGGGCUUCAGAUAGAAUACUUCGUUCGGUAGUGUGCUAUUCUUUUCUGAAAAAAAUAAUUAUGCUCUGUAUGCGUGAAGGUUUCAACGGUGUUUCGUCUGGGUGAAGUUUGAAGCAUAUGCUUAAUGUUUGCCUGCC